CUGAAUCAAGUUAAAUCUACGAAACGCAAGCGUGGAAGAAGACGCGGCGAAGCUGUGUUAUUAUAAUUUUUACGCGAUUGUGCCAAAAUAUUCCAACAUUAUGAACAAAUAGAGUGGUUGCGGGUGUAUUUUCUGUGUUGUGUGCAUUUUAUGAGUUACAAUAAUUGGAUUACAAACGGCAACACAACUUGUACCAAGUGUUGGCUUCGUGCAUUAUGAACCUAGAGGGCAAACCUUUGUGCAACAUCGAACCAACAUGACUCAAAGGGAUGAAGUACAGAAGUUCGAGCAGGGCCGAAUACGCGUCCUGCAGGAAGAACGUCUGUACAUACAGAAGAAGACGUUCACCAAAUGGAUGAACUCCUUUCUUCAAAAGGUUCGGAUGGAGGUCGACGAUUUAUUUGUAGAUUUAGCAGACGGCAAGAAAUUAUUAAAACUUUUAGAAAUAAUAUCCGGUGAAAAACUAGCAAAACCAAACAAUGGCAAAAUGCGGGUACACAAAAUUGAAAACGUCAACAAAAGUUUGGCGUUUUUGCACACAAAAGUUCGGUUAGAAAGCAUAGGAGCCGAAGAUAUUGUCGAUGGGAACCCCCGACUUAUCUUAGGUUUAAUCUGGACCAUCAUUUUAAGAUUCCAAAUUCAAGAAAUCGAAAUUGACGUGGACGAGGAAAACGAAAGUUCUGAAAAGAAAUCAGCCAAAGAUGCCCUUCUUCUAUGGGCACAGCGUAAAACACAGGGGUAUAAGGGUGUUGAUAUUCGAGAUUUUUCAACAUCGUGGCGCACUGGUCUAGGCUUUAAUGCCCUAAUCCAUGCCCACAGACCGGACCUGUUUACUUACGACGAUUUAGUACAUAACCGAAACAUUGAUAACUUAAACCAUGCUUUUGACGUUGCUAAUAACGAAUUGGGAAUUCCCCGGCUUUUGGAUGCCGAAGAUAUUGAUAAUUCUAGACCAGACGAGAAAAGUAUCAUGACUUACGUCGCCUCAUAUUAUCACACUUUUGCCCGAAUGAAAAAUGAAGAAAAGUCCGGACGACGAAUUGCCAAAAUAAUUAAACAAAUGGUUGACGCCGACAAAAUGAAAGUCAAUUAUGACGAACUAACCACUGAUUUACUAAAUUGGAUAAAAAUUAAAAUCGUAGAACUGGAAGAUCGCAAUUUUCCGAAUUCACUAGAAGGCAUCCAAACGCUUUUUCUAGCCUUUGCUCGCUACAGAACGAAGGAAAAACCUCCGAAAUACAUCGAACGGAGCGAAAUCGAAGCCUUAUUUUUCAACAUCAACACCCAGCUUAAAGAACUGAGACAACCGGCUUUUAUCCCACCUGAUGGUAAACUCGUGCAAGACAUAGAACGGGCUUGGGAAACCCUUGAAAGGGCCGAACACAACCGUGAAGUGGCCCUCCGCAACGAAUUGCUCCGACAAGAGCGUCUCGAACAACUUUACUGCAAAUUCGAACGUAAAAGUGUGCUCCGAGAAGGUUACGUUAAAGAAAUGAUCCAAGUCUUAUCCGACCCUCGAUAUGGCUCUAACCGAGACCAAGUUGAUGCUACUGUCAAGAAACACGAAGCCAUAAGUGCUGAUAUUUUAGCGAGGCAAGAACGUGUCAAUGAUUUGACUCAAAUGUGCAAUGAAUUGGUGAGAGAAAAAUACAGAAAUUCCGAUCGGGUUGUAAAGAGAGAGGCUGAAAUUUUAAACCAAUGGAAACAGUUGUUAGACCUGUUGGAAAAACAUAAACUGAAAUUGAAUCGUAUGGUCAAUAUCAAAUCUUUGGAGAUGGAAAUUGAUACGACUUUGAACAGCAUGCAGCAGUUGAAAGCCGAUUUAUCAACUACUGAUACGGGAAUACAUCUGAUGGCUGUUGAGGAAUUACUGCACAAACAUGCCUUACAAGAGCUACAAGUGAGCUCUUUGGGCGAAACUGAACGGAGACUCAAUCGUCUCGCUGAGAGUACGUUGGCUCAAAAUCCGCAAGAGGAAAAAUUGAAAAAGAAAAUUCAAGAGUUGUCUGCGACUUACAAAGACUUGCAGGAUGCUAGUGACAAGAGAAAGGGUCUGCUUGAAGAAGCAAGAAAUUUCUAUCAAUUCCUCCAAGACCAAGAGGACGAAGAAGCCUGGCUGAUUGAAAAACAGCGAAUUUGUCAAGCCGGUAUUACAGCUAAAGACUUACGUGGCGUAUUAUCUCUACAGCAAAAACACAAAGUCCUCAUGGAUGAAAUCAAAGCACGUAGAAAUAAAUUCGAUCAAUUAGGAGCGACUGGAAGACAACUAAUCGCAGAAAAACAUCCCAGGUCUAAUGAAAUUCAACAACACAUGGAUCGCAACAAACAAGCUUGGAGCGAUUUAGAAAAACUAGUCAAUGAUAGAACAAAACAGUUACAAGACGCUGCUGAAACUUAUCAGUUUUACGCCGAUGCUAACGAGGCUGAUUCGUGGUUGAAUGAAAAAACGUCGAUUUUGAAUUCUAGUGAUUACGGAAGUGACGAACCAAGCGCCCAAGCACUUCUCCAAAGACAUAAGGACUUGGAAGGAGAGUUGAACGCUUACAAAGGGGAUAUUUUAAGUUUGAAUACGCAAGCUGACCGUUUGAUUGCGUCAGGCAUUUCCAAUCUCGAUUUAACUGCCGAAGUUGAAGUAGCUGAGCCGGUUGAAGAAAUAGUGUACGAAAAUAGGAUGAUUCCGACUGAAGUUUGGGUUGAAGAACCCGUGGAAAAAGUCGAGUACAAAAUGGUCGUCGAAGAGAAAAAGGUGCCUCAAGUCAAAGCAUUGUACCCAUUUAAUGACCAUGGCCUUAACAUGGUUAAAGGCGAAGUGAUGUAUUUGUUAAAUAAGAGCAACCCGGAUUGGUGGUGUGUACGUAAAGCGGACGGUACUGACGGUUUCGCCCCCGCUAAAUACGUAACGGAGAUCGAACCCAGGUUGUUACAAAUGCAAUACCGUAAACCUGAAACUGUUAAAGUUAUGCAGAAAGUUAAAAAGACGAAAAUGGUGAAUCAGAAAGUCCCAGUCAAGGUUUUCAGGCAACGCAAACCUGUGAAAAGGAAAGUUGACGACAAUGAUAGUGUCCCGAAAAGACAGAAGAAAAUCAACGAUACGUAUCAACACCUCCUGGAUGUUGCAGCAAAAAGACAUGCUCUCUUGGAAGACGCCGUGAAGCUGUUCCGAUUUUAUAAAGAAUGUGACGAUUUUGAGAAAUGGAUUAAAGAUAAAGAAAAAUUGCUCGCUGUUGACGAUCCCAAUGACAGUAUCGAGCAAGCAAAACGCAAAUACGAGAAAUUUGUGACUGAUUUGUCCGCCAACAACAAACGCAUGGACGAACUAAACGACGAUGUUAAAGAAUUCGAGAAACAGAAACAUUCGCAAAUUGACAAAAUCAAAUCGCGCCACCGCCAAGUCCAAGGCGCUUGGCAGCGUCUCAACUUGCUCAAAGCCCGAAAAGAGAAAAGUCUCGAAGGAGCAAGUAGUGUUGAGCUUUUCCAGAAAACUUGUGACGAAGCUAGGGACUGGAUGUUGGAGAAAAUGACUCAGCUUGAUACCCACGUUUCGGCUCACGACUUAAAAACCGUUCAAGCUUUACAACGUAGACAUGAUAAUCUCGAACGUGAGCUCGCCCCUGUUGAGGAAAAAGUGACCAAAGUAAUGCAUUUGGCAAAUUCGGUCAAAUCAGCGUAUCCUAAUGAGCGACAAAACGUUGCGCGAAGACAAGACGAAAUCGAAGGUUUGUGGCGACAGGUCAAAGACAAAGCUAGUGAACGUAGAGCCAGGCUUGAGAAUGCCGUUGGUGAGCAAAUAUUUACCAAUUCGUGUAAAGAUCUUUUGCGGUGGGUCGCCGAUGUUAAAGAUCAGUUGAAUGCUGAUAACAUGGUUAGAGACGUGCAGACUGCUGAAGCAUUACUCAAAAAUCAUAAGGACUUGGGGGAGGAAAUUAAAGCUAAGAAUGACGAAUUCUACGAGUUGACCGAUUUGGGUAAAAAGCUUCUAAAAUCUAAUCCCGAACUUCCCGAAGUUGCGGAACGUAUCGAAAGACUGACUGCGGAACAAGCGGCCAUAGGUCGCGGUUGGAAGGAAAAACAGCGUUGGUUAGACCAGUGCCACCAAUUACAACUAUUCAACAGAGAAGCCGAUAAUAUCGACGCUGCAACUUCGGCCCAUCAAGCAUUUUUGGAAUUUUCCGAUUUAGGGAAUUCCCUUGAUGAAGUGGAAGCCUUGCAAAAGCAGCACAAAGCUUUCGCUAACACUUUAUUCGCACAAGACGACCGCGUCAAUCUCUUCAGCAAAAAAGCCGACGCGUUAAUCGCUGAUGACCAUUAUGAAAGCAAAGGAAUCGACGAUAAAAGAAACGAAGUCCUGCAACGGCGCCAAGCUGUUAAAGAUUUGUGCCAACAGAGAACAAACGUUCUGGACGCGUCGAAAAAUUAUCAAGAGUUUUGUGCCGAAGUGCACGAUUUGCGUAGCUGGUUGAAUGAGAAACUUAAAACUGCAUCUGAUGAAAGUUACCGAGACCUAACUAACCUGGAGCGAAAGUUACAAAAACACGAAGCUUUUGAACGAGAAUUGAGAGCUAACGAAGGACAGCUUCGCACAGUGAACAAAUUAGGCCAAGCUUUGAUUGCUCAAGACAGUUACAGGAAGGACGACGUGGCGAAAACUUUGAAAGAACUGAACGAUGAGUGGCAACAACUCGUCGGACUUUCCCUUGAAAAGGGGAGAAGGCUGAGACAAGCCGUUGUCCAACACGACUAUAACACUUCAAUUGACGAUAUUCAGACCAAAUUGGAUGAAAUCAACGAGAAUUUGUGUAGCACUAACGUUGGAACCGAUUUGAGAUCUUGUCGCGAUUUAUUAAAACGCCAAGACGUGCUCGAGACUGAACUUGGACAAUGUGCGGCCAGAGUCGACGAAUUAGUGAAUAAAAGUAACGAUAUGAUGCAUGAUGGGCACUUUGAUGCCGACGCAAUCCGCCAAAAAGCCCUCGACGGCCAAAAACGCCUCAAACAACUAGAAGAACCGGCCAGAAAACGACGAGAUGUCCUAGAAGAGGCUUUGAAAUUCUACAAUUUCCAUUUUGAACUCGACGCUGAGUUGCAAUGGAUCAAAGAGCACCUCCCUCUCGCAUCGUCGGCCACUCUGGGCCAAAAUCUACACCAAGCCCAGAAUCUCUUCAAAAAACACAAAAAACUCGAAGCUGAAAUUGUUGGUCAUCAACCCGCCAUUGAUAAAACCUUGCAAGCUGGACAAACCCUAGUUGAUUUGAAACAUCCAGAAAGUGCCAAAAUCAAAGACUUGUGUGGAGUGCUCCAAGACGCGUGGGACGAAUUAAAUGAAAAAGCGAGCGAACGUGCACAAAAACUGGAAUUGUCGUUGAAAGCUCAACAAUUCUUCUUUGAAGCGAACGAAGUUGAGUCGUGGCUGAACGAAAAAGCUGAUAUUUUGGCCAGUACUGACUAUGGUAGAGAUAGGGAUUCAGCUACGAAAUUGCUGACCAAACACAAGGCACUCGAAUUAGAAUUGGACACUUACAACAACAUUAUAGUCGAGAUGGGACGUGGUGCCCAAAAUUUGAUACAAAAUAAGCACCCAGAUUCGAAAUUAAUUGCCGAAAGACAGUCCAGUUUGGAACAUUUAGUUCGCUCUUUGCAAAGGAAAGCUGUUUUAAGACAACACCACCUUAUGGAGUCACUGUUUCGUCAUGAAUACUUUCUGGAGUCGGAGGAAUUGGAUCGGUGGAUUGCCGAAAACUUACAACAAGCGUCUUCGGAGGAUUAUGGACAAGAUUACGAGCACCUUCUGAUCCUUCAAGCCAAAUUUGACGAUUUGAAACACCGAAUUGAAGCAGGAGCCGAGCGAUUCCGCCAGUGCGAAGACUUGGCCCAGAAGUUAAUCGCCAAUGAAAGCUCGUAUAUUUCAGAUAUACAGAAAAAGCAACUUCAACUCGAAACCCUAACACAAUCAGACGCAGUCGAGGAAGUUAGGCAGAGGCAUGACGUUGUACGGCAAUCGUGGCAAAAACUGCACGACCAGAUGCAGAACCGCGAGCAGCGGCUUCUUGCAGCCGGUGAAAUCCACCGUUUCCAUCGCGAUGUGGCCGAUGCCAUGCAACGAAUCCAAGAAAAGAGCGCUGCUUUAGGCACCGACCUAGGACGCGACCUAAACUCCGCCUUAACACUACUUAGAAAACACGAAGCUUUCGAAAACGAAUUGGUGGCACUUGAGGCUCAAUUACAAGUCCUGGUUGAAGAUGGAUCAAAAUUACAAAAAAUCUACCCAAGUAAUCAAUCUAGCAUUCAACUUCAACAAGAAGUAGUGAUCGAUGCUUGGGAUUACUUGAAAGAACGAGCAGAAUUGAGACACGACCAGCUCCAGGCUAGUGUGGAUUUGCAAAAAUUCCUAACCCAAGUCAGAAAUUUGACAAAUUGGGCGACUGCGUUAAGACUAGACAUGCAAGCUGAGGAAAACGUGAGGAGUAUCGCGAGAGCACAGUUUCUACGUAACGAACACGAAGGUUUGAAGAAUGAGAUUGAAGCGAGGGAAGCCGAUUUUAAAGACGUUGCCGAAAAUUUAACAGCGAUGGAACAAACCGGGCACUAUGCAGCAAAUGAAGCCGGCGAAAGAUACAAAAACUUGCUUCAGGAGCGAGAAAGACUUCACGCCGACUGGCAGAUAAAGAAAAUACACUUGGACCAAUUGUGCGACUUGCAUAUGCUACUAAGAGAGGCAAAACUGAUCGAAGACGCCACCAAUGCACAAGAAGCCACUUUGAGUAACCUAGAUUUUGGCGAAACUGUCGACGAAGUCGCCAAUCAAGUCAAGAAACACGAAGAAUUUGAAAAACUAAUCGUCCAUCAGGACGAAAAGUUCGACACUCUUGUUAAGACCGGCCAAAAAUUAAUCGGCCAACAGCAUUUCGACAGCAAAAACAUCGCUAAACGUUUGCAAGAAGUCGGAGCCAGGCGGCAACAAGUCCACCAAUUGAGCGAUCGCAAGAAACAACUCCUCGCCGAUGCUCUGUUGUAUGCGGAAUUCAAUAGAGACGUGGGCGAGGCCCAGAUAUGGAUAGCCGAGAAACAAAAGAAGUUGGAAAAGCAAGUAAAGACCGGCGAAGUGACCAAUCUGGACGACAAAAUCAAAGAACUACAGAAACACCAAGCGUUCCAAGCCGAAAUCGCAGCCAAUGAGGGCAAAAUCAAGGAAGUUAAGUCUAAGGGAGAGACUCUUUUAGCAAAGAAACACAAAGCUUCGAAAGACAUUGAAGUGCAAUUGAGGAAUUUGGACGAUGCUUGGAGGCAACUUUUGCGCGAGGUGGACUCGCGUGGUAAAGGUCUGGAAGAGGCGCAGGAUAUUUUAGAAUUCAACAAUCAACUGGACAAGAUCGAGUCAUGGAUCAGGGACAAAGAAGUGAUGAUUCAAGCCGGCGACGUGGGGAAAGACUACGAACAUUGCCAAGCGUUGCAGAGAAAACUCGACGAUGUGGAUAGCGAUAUGCGGAUCGACGAUACCCGGAUCAAAACCAUCAAUUCCCUGGCUAACAAACUGGCAAAGCAAGGGCACCCCGGAGUGCAACAAAGACGCGACAAUUUCAUCAAGAAAUGGCAGGAUUUGCAAGGCGCUUUGGCCAAAUAUCGCAAUAAAUUAGCUGCAGCUUCCGAAGUUCACUUGUUUGAUCGCGAUGUCGCUGAUACGGCUGAGAGAAUUAAUGAAAAACUGCUCGCGAUGGAAACUGACGACGUCGGUCGCAGUUUACCCGCCGUUGAGCUGCUUUCGCGAAAACAGGAAGCACUAGAGAGUGAAAUGACCGCCGUUGAAAAUAAAUUGCAGGAUCAUGGAAAAGAUGCUGUUUUAUUGAGUGAUAAAUACCCGCACGCUGUCCAACACCUCCAGGGUAAAAUGGAAGAGUUGCAGAACGAAUGGGAGAAGCUGAUCGCAGCGAGAGAACGUCGCAGAAAUAAUCUUAAAGGAUCGCAUGCCAGGCAAAAAUUCUUAUCAGAUGUUAAGGAUUUGGAACAGUGGGUUAGUGACACGACUAAACGAAUGGAAGCACACCAACCGCCAAGUAGUGUCAACGAGGCUGAGACACUUUUAGGCUUACAUGAUGAACUUAAAGCCGAAAUCAAUGGACGUAACGAGGUUUUUGCGAAACUGAUCAAUUUCGGGCGCAGUUUUUCCGAAAGCGACGAUUCUGAUAUAAUUGACGGAGUGAACAAAUUGAAGGAGCUUCAGAGUUACAUUCAGCAAGCUUGGGAGCAACACAAAGACGCACUAACGUACGAAUACGACCUCCAAGAUUUCAAAGAACAAGCCAACCAGUUAAACAAUUGGUUAGCCGAUAAGGAAGCUUUCUUGAAUAACGACGACGUGGGGGAUACACCUCGCGCAGUUGAAGCUCUCAUCAGAAAACACGAAGUUUUUGAAACAAUGUUAACGCAACCACUGUCACGUAUCGAUGAAUUGUCGCGUAAAAAAGUAGGAGGUAAAACACCAACUGACCCAACUUACGCAAACAGCGAAGUCGCAACAAAAUUAAACGAGAUAAUGGCUCGCAAAAACCGACUUUUGGGCAAAGCAGCAGAGCGCAAGAAAAUCCUACACGAAUCAAAAGCAUUACAAAAAUUCCUCAAAAACGAAUACGACGUUGAGGUUUGGUUGAACCACAAGCUUCAAAUCGCAACCGACGAAAAUUAUCGCGAACCUUACAACUUGCAAAACAAAAUCCAAAAACAUGUCACUUUCGAAGCCGAAGUUUUUGCAAACCAUGAACGCGUCACCAACGUAAUUGAAGAAGGGCGAGACUUGAUCGAAAAUAAACACUACGCUAGCAAAGACAUUGCCGACCGAAUUGAGGAAUUGGAAAAUCGGUGGAAGGAAUUAAUUGAACAGUCACACCUGAAACGUGACCGACUGAACGAAGCUUAUCAAGCGUUACUUUUCAACCGAUCUCUCGAUGAAUUCGAAGCUUGGUUGCUCGAAGUCGAAGCCCAACUAACAUCCACAGAUGUCGGCAAAGAUUUGGCAACUGUUAACAACCUACUCAAGAAACACACAAUUCUUGAAAACGACAUUCAGCAACACACUGAUAAUUGUGAAACGAUCAACGAUGCGGCUGAUCAGUUCGUUAAAAAUAAUCAUUUCAUGAGUGAAGAGAUUCAACAGAGGGCUCAGGACGCUAUUACUCGAUUCCAUCAACUCAAAGAGCCCGUUCAACAGAAGAGAGAUUUGUUAGAGGGGUCGAUGAUGUUGCAACAAUUCACUCGAGAUGUUGAAGACGAAUUACAAUGGUUGGCCGAUAGGGAGCCACUUGCCGCCUCCAGAGACUUGGGAGCAAGUUUGACAGCCGUACAAAGCUUACACAAGAAACACCAAGCGCUUGAAGCUGAAUUAUCAUCAAGAGAACCAAUUAUUGGAUCGCUUGUAGGUCGUGCAAAUUCUCUCGCGAGAUCGGGGCAUGUUUCAGCCCCGCUUAUCAGUCAGAAAGCGAAGGAAUUGCAACAGAAAUUCGCAAGUAUUAGGGAUCUAGCCAGUAUCAGGAGAUUGAGACUACAAGAUGCUUUGGAAGUUCAAACGUAUUAUGAAGAGGCAACAGAAGCUGAGGCAUGGAUGCGGGACAAACGCCCGAGUUUAGUGACCAGAGAAGUCGGGAAAGAUGAAGACUCAGCCGAAUCUUUAAAACGUAAAUUGGAAGCCACCGAAUUAGAAAUAAAAGCGUUCGAAGUGACUAUUAAAAAAUUGAAACAGUCGGCCGAUGAGCUAAUCGAGAGACAACAUUACGAUGCUGUUAACAUCGAAAAGAGAAAGAAUCAACUCGAUGAGCAAUUUAACGAACUGCGAAAACUGGUUUCGGAGCGUGAAGUUCGGCUCGACGAAGCCCUUCGUUACUUUACUUUUGUGCGCGAAUGUUUGGACGUCCAGGAAUGGAUGAAAGACCAAAUACUUAAAACCGAUUCCGAAGAAUACGGAAAUGAUGUCGAACACGUCGAACUACUAAUCCAAGCUUUUGACACAUUCCAUGCAAGUCUAAUGAACAGCGAACCUCGAAUUCAAUCCUGUAUCCAGAACGGAAAUAUCCUAAUUGAAGCUAAAAGCAGCCACAGUCCGGAAGUGCAACAAAAAGUGGCCGAUAUCCGCGACCAAUGGGACGAUUUGCUCGAACUUGCCAACGCGCGUAAAGACGCCUUAGCUGGGGCCAAACGAGUGCAUGUUUUCGAUCGCACAGCUGAGGAAAUUAUUUCGUGGAUCCAGGAAAAGAAAGCCGACUUAUCGUACGAUACAUUCGGGCAAGACUUGGAAAGUAUCCAAGAUCUUCUCAGAAAACACCAAGCGUUGGAGAAUGAGAUGAAAGUGAUUAGGGAAAAAGUGGAAAAUGUGGAACAAGAAGGCGAGAAACUUAUAAACGAGUUUCCGGAUACCAAAGAACAUAUUGACGAUAAGUGCGAGGAUAUGUUGUCAGCUUGGGGGAGUCUUCAAACCGAAGCAGCGCGGAGAAAAGAUCACUUACAGCAAGCCGAACAACUUCAAGCUUACUUCGACCAGUUCCAAGAUUUAUUGGCGUGGAUUACGGAAAUGGUGGCUAAAAUCACAGCACCUGACCUUCCAAAUGACUGCAACGAGGCCGAGCUUUUGAUCGAACGGCACAAAGAGUACAAAGUUGAAAUCAGUGCAAAAUCAAACGCUUUUAAACAAUUCUACGACUCCGGUAAUAAAUUCAUCGAAGAGGGUCACCUGUUCGCUAGCGAAAUCCAAGACAAAAUCAAAGUGUUACGCCAGAGACUGGAGUUUUUGAAUAACACGUGGGAGAAACGCAAUUUGCUCUACAACCAAAAUUUGGACGUCCUCUUGUUCAAACGCGAGGCAGAUAUUUUGGAUAAUUGGCUAGCUGUGAGGGAAGGUACCCUAAAGGAGGGAAUUACUGGAGAUAGCAUCCACCACGUGGAAGAUUUGAUCCGAAAACACGGCGAUUUCGAAGAAGCAGUCAAAGCACAAGAGGACAAGUUUGAAGCACUCAAACGCAAAACUUUAAUUGAAGAUGCGUUCCUUCUCCAACGGGAACAGGAAGCUUUGGCCAAAAAAGCCGAGAAAGAGCGCCAGGAACAGGAACGUUUGGAGCACUUGAAACGACUCGAAAUCCAGAAAAUCAACGAAAAAAGAAGGCAAGAAAGACCCCAACCGCCGGAAAUUGUCGAGGAACUGGUCAAUGGGACCAAACACGAGGAAGAAGGCCGUCCGGUUGCAACAGUUCGUAAAACAAAUUCCGUUGUUCAGACGUUUGAGAGAGACCGUGGUGGGUUAAGGAGAGGGUCAGAUAGUGCAAUUCAACGGUCGGCAAGCAUGAAAGUUGGUACAAAUGUUACGGGAAGUAAGCCGAAAAGAACUCCUACUUUUACUACGAGGCGAAGGCCAUCGUUCAAGUCUAAACCAACCGAGGCACCACCUGCGGACGCCCAGUCGUUCCUCGAUCGCAAACAAUUAACCACAGCAAAUGGAAAACGCGCCACUAACAGGACUUGGAAGAAUUCAUACACGGUUUUGUGCGGACAGUUAUUGUGUUUCUUUAAAAAUCGCGAUGAUUUUGCGGCUAGUAAAGCUAGUGGUCCACCGGUUAAUGUUCAUAAUGCGAUGUGUUCAAUAGCGGAUGAUUACCAAAAGAAAAAACAUACGUUUAGACUUGAGCUUACAGACGGUUCGGAAUUUUUGUUUGCGUGUAGUUCGGAUUCGGAGAUGGAUAAUUGGAUUCAGAAAAUUAGUUUCAGGGCUAGGUUGCCUCCAAGUCAGCAAUUGCUGCAUUUGGAAAUUCCAAAGGAUCAAAACGAUUACGAGAUGAGUUCACAAAGUAGCAGGACCUCUAGUCCGGACGUUGCCGAUCAAGUUGUCUUGCGGCACGAUCCGCAAUCAACCAAUGGCAGUUUAUCAAGUUUAGCAUCUUCGCGUCAUACUAUGGGGGAAAGUCCACCACCUUUACCGAUGAGCGAACCGCCGAAUAAUUAUGCCGGUCAUCGUCAAUAUACCUUAGAAAACAGUGGAUCUAUUUAUGAUGGUAGCGGAAUGUCGUCAAAACAAGAUUGGCAACCUAAUGUACAACGUCCACAAACGAUGCAACCUAAUGAUGCACCAAAGUCACGUCUGUUUGAAAGAAUUUUCAAAAAGAAACGGAACACUUCGCAAAUGUAAUCCGCAUUACAUACAGUAAUAGUUAGGAGCCUUUUAGUAUUAUGUCAAUAUAUUUUUGUUUACAUUCUUGUACAUAGUUUCGUAGUUAAAUAUAUGAACAUUAUAUAAAUCCUUCAUAGAUUUUUAUUAUGACAAAAUACAUGUUUAAAUUA